AUGAAUUCUCUUGAUCGACUUAAAUAGUAAUUCUAGAAAACAACGAGUUCAUUGUCAAAUUUCCAUAAGACAGCUGCUAAUCUAUAAAGAUAGGCAUAUUUUUAAGGAUAAUAUGAUAUUUUAGCACAAAUACUAUCAUAUCCAUCUAUGGAUGGACUGAUUGAAUGGUUAAGAAAAAAAAGUGAUGAAGUAUUACAAAUAUUAGAAAAGAACAGUGUGAGAUAUUAAAUAUCAAAGCAUCCUUUAUUAACAUCUGAGCCAGCUGCCCUUAAGAUGAAGACUACUUUUUUAAAAGAGCCUCAACCUUAAUAUAUUUAAUAACAACCAUAAAUGUAAAUGAAUCAAAAAUCAUUUGAAGAAGAAGAUGGCAAUACUUAUUAUAAAUAAAAUAAUAACCAAUAUGAUUAUAGGGAAAGAAGAUAAGAUUAAGAAUUUGGAAACUUUUGA